UUGGCAAUAUUAAAGAGAAUUUUGCAUUUCCAAUUAAUAUAGGCCCAUUACACUCUUUAGUGUAUUAUUACUAUUGGGUUAUUUUUUAUUAUCAAAUAAUAUUAUGUAAAUUUGCCCCGCAAUAAUUUCGGCACAUCACCGCAUAACUGACGUGCUGUGAGGAAAAAGAUAUAGGCUAUCAGCUCCACUUUGAAAGUGUUUUAAACUUUUUUUUAGGUCUAUUGUACAAUGAAUUAUAGGCCCAUUCUUAAAAUUAUUAACAGUCUAUAAUAUUUCCUAAUGUGACGUGGCGUUGAUGUUAUAAAGAGUUAAAGAAAUUAUUACUCAAUGUAACCGGGUGACGUAUGGGUUUGGCACUACAAUUCCCAUAAGUCUUUGGGGCAAUUAUAAGAAUUGCGUCAUUACGCGGUUGGCGUGCUAUAAAAAGACGCACGGAAGUAUAGCGCGUCCUCGUUUCAUUCAUUUAUUGACUCUGGAAAUAAGCGUGAGCUUGCAUCAGGUCACCUUUAUGUGAUUUGAAUGCAGGGUAUAAGGUAGUCGUAUGUAUUUGUUUUAUCGAGGUAAUGGGUUUAUGUAAAGAUAAUAGUAGGUUAAUUUGGGUGGGCAGAAAGUCGUUUUAUCUUGUUGUUGCAUUUCAGAAGCCCUUGUGUGUUGAUGGUGAUUGGCCUGGUGAUGCAGUCUUCAGAGUGUUGAAUGAGUUUAAUCGAAUUAGGUUUCUUUUAAAGAAGAACCGUCUGGUUGAUUUAUUCUUCCCUUUUCUUAAAUCCAGUUAAUUUAAAGGAUUAGCACGACUAUUGUUACUAUUUGUUUUCUUUUCUUUUUUUUUCUGGUGAAUUACCUUAAUUUUCUUUUUUUGAUAUUGUGUAUUCAUAUGAUUGUAUAUUUUCAAUUGAUAUUUUUUUCUUUGUUUUUUUUCUCUUUAGUUUUUCAUUAUUUCCGUGGCAGCUGCAGGGUCUCCUCCAAGGGUGUGACUGGCACUGGUGAGGUGGUGGGCAUUCCUUUGUGAUUCCUGGUGAUUUAUUUAUCCUCUUGAGUGCCGUGGAUUUUGUGCUGCAUUUGGAGUGUGCAUUGCAAGUAGUGGCUCUAUUUUUCUACACACGUAUGGUUGUACCCUGUUGGAGCCCUGUGGUUUGUCAUAAAUUUGUUUUGUUUUUGUUUCUCCUUGCUGAAUGAUGUGUCCCAGUGUUUUAAACAUUUAAUGGUUUUUAUACAAAAUUUGGUAUUUACUAAUGUGAAUAAAAGCUUGUACAAGCAAUACAUUUUCACUACAGUCUGUGGCCAGUUAUUCACCCAUUUGUGGUGGGUUUCAAUUUGGCGUAGUCGGCAGGGUCAAGGAAAAAAAAAAAAAGAUCUCAUUUGGUUUUUUUUGUUUUGUUUUGUUUUUUUUUGUUUUUUGGCCACUGUAGUGUGUGGAUUUUAUUUUGGGUUUUUCAUCAUUUGUUGUUGGUAAGUAAUAGGUAAUUGUACUAGUAACAAUAGUCGUGCAAGAAGGCAGCUGUCUUGACUACCCUAGAAGCCUUUCUCUGUUGCAUAUUCUGACUUCCCUUUGAACUUCCCAGUAUGUCUGAAGAUGUGCAGCAAGAACUAAUGGACCUGCGCGAACAGCUGCGUACCUUACAGGCAUUGAAUGACCAACUGAGAAGUCGGGAAUCAACAUCCAGUGGUCAUGUUUUAAAUCCAUCAUCCUCCACUAAUAUUAAUACUCCUCCAAUGUCUUUCAACAGGGUGUUGUAUGUCCCUAGAGAGAGAAAGUGCCCACGUUUCUAUGGACAUUCUGAUUCAUCAUCUUUGAGUUUGGAGGAGUGGAUUGAGGAGGCCACUAUGUGUAUUGAAGGUAGAGGUUGGUCAGACAGGGAACAAGUAUUGUUUUUACUGGAUCAUUUGGGGGGGGAAGCAAGGAUGGAGAUAAAGCUUCGUCCUGUUGUUGAGAGGGAAAAACCAGAACACAUUUUUAAUAUUUUAAGGAAUAUGUAUCAUGGUAAACAGACUUUUGUCCAGUUACAACAGAAAUUUUAUGAGCGUAAGCAGCAUGAGGGGGAGUCUUUGACAGAAUUUUCCCAUUCUUUAAUGUCCUUAAUGGAGGUAGUUUUAAGCCGUAACCCAGGAAGCGUUCCUAAUGCUGAUCAGGUACUACGAGAUCAGUUCGUAGAGCAUGUCAGAGAUGUUACUCUGCGACGUGAACUUAAACGAUUUGUGAGGCAAAAGCCUUCUUGUUCCUUACUAGAUGUAAGGGGUGAAGCAAUUAGGUGGAUGGAGGAAGGGGAAAUGGUGACAGUUACAUCGGUGCCACAACCAUGGUGUAAUAGAACUCAAGGCAGAGUAGUCCAGUUUGAUGGAAAAAUGAACCAGUUUGGAGAAUCAUCUGAGUUGAAUGAAAUUAAAGACAUGCUUAAAAGUCAACAAAAACAGAUAGAUGCUAUUAAUAAGUGUCUUAAUGACCUUAAGCCUAAGUCUGAGAACAGUUCCCCUAUUUCUCCUAGAACGAACACUCGAAGGUGCUUGCGCUGUAAUAAGCUUGGUCAUAUUGCCAGAUACUGUCGACAGCCUUGGCCCAUUGAUACCAGUUUUAUGCCACCAACAGCUAAUGUCAGUGAAAUUUCUGCUGAAGAGCCUUUAAACUAGUACCCCCUGCUGUCAUGAGCCAGACAACGGAAUGGGGUAGUAACGGCUCAAACGCAUCUGUCCCAGUGUGUCCAUCUGUUUUACAGCGUAUGGUUGGUCAGUGUCCAACGGUAACUGUUCAAAUGGGGAAAGUUAUUGUUCCUUGCCUUUUGGACACUGGUUCUAUGGUGACUACGAUAACCGAAUCUUUUUUUCAUAGCCAUUUUAAAUCAUUGGGUGAAGAGGCCCUUAAAGAAUGUAGUUGGCUUCAGUUGAAAGCUGCGAAUGGUCUUGAAAUCCCAUAUAUAGGAUAUUUUGAGAUUGAUAUGUUAGUGCUGGGACACACUAUUCCAAGAAGAGGUGUCCUGGUAGUUAAAGAUCCAGGCAAGGGUGUGUUACAUCGAGGUAGGGCGCUUACCCCAGGGUUGUUGGGUAUGAAUGUUAUAAGCCAAUGUUAUCAUGAGCUAUUCGAACAGUAUGGUUCAGCGUUGUUUUCAGCAUCUUCCGUUAAACAAGCAGAGCCGGGAUGGAGGGAUGCUCUAUUGGAAUGCCAGAGAGCAGAAAAUGCCCAUACAGCUGGGUUUAUUGGCCAUGUGAGAGUGCAGACUGACUACCCAUUGCAGAUUCCAGCAGGCACGUUAAGAAGCCCUUGUGUGUUGAUGGUGAUUGGCCUGGUGAUGCAGUCUUCAGAGUGUUGAAUGAGUUUAAUCGAAUUAGGUAACAAGUAUUAUUUAGUUUUUAUUUAUUAUAUGUUUGAAGGUGGUUGUUUUCAUGAAAGUUUGUUUUGUAGGUUUCUUUUAAAGAAGAACCGUCUGGUUGAUUUAUUCUUCCCUUUUCUUAAAUCCAGUUAAUUUAAAGGUAUUUGAUUAGAUUAAAUAA